CCGGCACCGUAUUACCGUCUUUGGGUUUGUGAACGUCUUGGUUUUGUCCUCAUGGUCGUCUUCUCCUUUUUUUAAAUCUUAAAUGAUUCUCGGUGUGCAGAGUUGGAGCGCAGGGAGCCAGCUUUUUAUCUGGAAGCCUUCCCUAAAUCGAAACCCAAAUCCUGGAUUGCAGCCCUGCUAGAGGCAAAACUCCGAAGGUCUGCUGCGGGGAGAAAUCCACCCGCCGGAUCGGCUCGUGAUGGAAAUCAAGGAAGUCGAACCUCGAGGCGUCCCGGAGGCUGACACACCGCAGGCAGGCGCAGUGAUGAUUCCAAAACUUCCUAGGCUGGAGUUCAGCCUCGCCUGCAGAGAACUCGCGGCGCCCGCCCGAGAGAGGAAACCCAACGCGGUCGUGUACGCGUCUGUGGUGAGCGAGCAGCAGAGGAGCGCGACGACGUACUCCAGCACUGAAGUUGUGGAGGGAACAAGAGACCCUCUUUUCUUGACUGGUGUGUCAUUCCCCCCGGAUUACCCCAUUGGUGAGGAAACCCGACUGAAGCUGUCCGUCUACGAUGUCAGGGAGAAGUCACAGGAGACGAGGACGUUUCUGGGCUGUGCGACGUUCUCAGUAGACGACCUGGUGAAAUCCAAGGAGCAGCAGUUAACGCUUAGCCUCAGAAGCCCCGAUGGUACGAACAGAGCGGGCACCAUAGUGGUGAACUGUCUGAAGAUGGGGGAGAUAGAGGAUGGAGAUGUCGAGCAAAUCUCCACAGAAGCCCAGGAACACAAGCACCCCCCGAUAUGCGGGUCGACGUCACUUCAAGGAUUCAAGGACAGGGACGGUGGCCCCUUGAUGAACGCAGUUUUUAAAAACCCCGUGUGCAAAGUGUACAGAUUUCAGACAGCAGAUGGCCAGUGGAUGUUUAUUCGGGAGCUGAUGGCAGAAUGCACUUUAUCCUUCAACAUCCCCAAGCAGCUGAUUAACCUCUUUAUACAGGAGGAUAUGCAGAGGAUACAAGACCUGAAGGAGAUGGGGGAGCUGUCGCCACACUGGGAGAAUCUCCGCAAGGACAUGUUGGGCCAGUAUGGCCAGGUUAUCAGCUGCUACCAUGACAUCCUGACCGAACUGAACAAGAUAACAGGACCGAACUUUAAGCCAAGCUGCAGUAAAGGAGAGAAAUAUUUAGAAUUCAUCCCCAUUAAUCUUCACACUCAGAGGAUGAGAGUCCAGUGUCCCAGGACAAAAGAUGCAGCUUACGAUAUCAUCACCGUUGGAGCCCCUGCAGCACACUUUCAGGGAUUUAAAAAUGGAGGUCUGCAACGGCUGAUGGCGAGAUUUGAAUCCGACAAGAAAACCUUCAACACGACGUACCAGUGCAUCUACUACACCCCGGAGAAUACCGCCAAGGCCAAGGAGGUGCUGAGUGACAUCGGCCUGCUGCAGCCCCUCAUCUCCAGCCUGGCCGACCAGCUGCUCCAGAGUGCCGAGCAGCGCUGCUCAAGCCGUCUCACCGAGACAUUGAAGGCCAUGUCUGACAAAACAGAGCAAUUUGUACACGUGCUGAAAGAUGAACUGGUCAAGAACGCACUGCUGGCCCUCUACACCGCCCGACCUGGCUAUGUCUCCAAAGGAAAUUCGCCCGUGUGCAACAACAUCAGCGCAAAUCAGACUUCGCCCAAGGAGCGGUGCCAGUCAACGCUGAAGCGCCAAGACUCCAUCCCCCAGCAUUCAGAAUAUGAUGAUGAAGAAUGGGACCGGGUUUGGGUGAACGUGGCUCAGAGCUUAAACUGCAUCAUCGCCCUGGUAGACAGACUAAUGGAGCACGAGAAGAAGGAACAGGACUGUGAAUCAACUGACCCUCCACCAGAAGACCCUGUCGUCUCCCAUAAUAACGCCGACUGGCAUGAACAGCUGUACCCGCUGGUGGUCACCCUAAAGGAGUGCAUCCAGGAAGUUGUCGAGAGAGCCAAGAAGUCCAUGGCGUUUGUUCUUCUUCAGGAAUCUGCUUGCAACCUACCUCAGGGCCUCCUGCUCAAGCAGAGGAAGGACUUUGUCUUCAGCCAGGCGCUUUCUGCCUUGGCCUGUGGGUUCGUCAUGAAACUGUACGCCGGCCUGGACGACAAAGGCUUCUUGCAGCAGCUGCACACGGUUGGCAUCAUCGGGCAGUUUGAAAGUCUCCUCAGUACUUACAGUGAAGAGAUUGGAAUGCUGGAGGACAUGGUGGUUGGCAUUUCAGACUUGCGAAGGGUGACAUUUAGAAUCGCGGAAGCCAAAUCUGAUGAGCCCAACGAGCUGCAGCCGGUUGUCACCGGAAGGCGGGACCAUUACACCGUCCAAGUGCCGUUACCUCGAGAGGCUUUCGAGUCGUUACCUGAGGAGAUCAAGGAAGGCGGCCCCUUACACGUGCACCCGGUGCUCUUUAACGUGGGCAUCAAUCAGCAGCAGACACUCGCCGAGAGGUUUGGCGACAUCUCUCUACAAGAAAAAAUUAAUCAAGAAAACUAUGAAAUUUUAAAAGAAUAUUACAGGUUAUUAAGUGAAAAGGUGCCAGCAGAAUGUUUACCACAGUUUCAUGUACAGACAGAAGUCAAAGAAUUACUUGAAACCCUUUAUCAGAAUAUCCACUUGAAGAAGAGGAAGAAUGUGGAGAUCCUAUGGCUGGCUGCAACGAUCUGCCGGAGACUGAACGGGAUCCGCUUUACCAGCUGUAAAAGUGCCAAAGACAGAACGUCGAUGUCGGUGACGCUGGAGCAGUGCACCCUGCUGAGAGACGAGCACAACCUGCACCGGGACCACUUCAUCCGCGCCCUCGACUGCAUGCGCAGAGAAGGAUGCCGGAUUGAGAACGUGCAGAAGAACAUAAAAUGCAGAAAGUACGCCUUCAACAUGCUGCAGCUGAUGGCCUUUCCAAAGUACUACCGGCCCCCGGAGGGGACCUACGGCAAGGUGGACUCUUGAUGGGACGCCCGGUCUCCCAGAUGGCACUUUUCUUUUCUCUGCCUGGCAGGCGAGUGUAAAUGGACGUCAAGUGUUCGACACCAGUGGACGCCCCAAGGGAGAGCCGGGGGGCAACUGUGGGUUAUUUGCUUGAGGAAAAGGCAAACCGAGGGGGUCACGUGAUGUUUGCCGUUGCCUUUUUGGCCUCCCUGUUUUUUUAUGAACGUUUUGUACAGUGGAAGUGUUGUUAUUUAAAACAGAAAUGUCAGCGGUGUGGUUGGCUUUUCGUGACGCUAACUGACAGAUCCAGGGCCGCUGCCACCUUGUGUGACAGUCCACGUCAUUAGUGCAUUGUGCCAAGCUGGACGUCUGCUUUAUUGAAGGUUGUCGGUGGCGGAGGACGUCUUACAAUUCCAAUUUGUGAUGUUGUCACAAUGUCACAUCUCAGUGUGACUCAUGGUAACUGUUGAUAGAUGGUUUAAAAGAAUUUCAAUAACUUUCAAUAAACUUCGUCCCCACUGAACGGUACACACCUUACAUAGCAUGGCGUUAGAUAGUCGGCACAACGUUUUAGAAGUUCAGGUUCUAAUCCACCACGUCGUCACAUCCCAGUUUGACCCGUCAUCUCUUUCAGCAGACUGUUAAAAUAAUUUCGAUACAUUUUUUUUCGCUGGACAUAUUUAACAUGUCCUUCCAAUGCGUUUAAGGAAAUAAAAGAAAUUAAUAGAUAAACGACAGACAAUCCCUUAGAU